CAAAUCCUCUAGGUCUCGUGGAACCAUGUAAUUGAACUUUGACCAAAACACGAAAUCUAUGUGAGGUGAUACCAAUGACCACUACAAUUCCCACAAAACCUCAGAUUAGGGGAAAUUCACAACCCUUUUAAUCUUUUUAUGAUUGCACUGCUAGAGUGAAAUUCCCCAUCAAUUCGCAGCUAAACCCUAAAACAGAAUUUUGGUGUGGUGUGUGUUGACUUAAUUGAGUGAAGAGAUAGCAUAAUGGUGAAAGCAUACAGACAGGAACACGUCUACAAACACCCUUGGGAACGUGUAACUAGUGCAUCUUGGCGCAAGUUUGCUGACCCAGAGAACAAACGCAUAUUAUCCCAUAUUCUUGAUGUUGACACAUUGAACCAUAGUCUUGACCCUUCAUCGGGGAAGCUUUACACAACUCGUGCCAUCACGAUCCAUUGUCCUGGACCCUGGUUUGUACGUAGAAUUGUUGGUCAGGAUAUUUGCCACUGUGUGGAAUCCAGUGUUGUGGAUGCACAGUCGCGUUCCAUGCAACUAACCUCUCGGAAUAUUAGCCUCCAGAAGUUCAUAGAAGUGGAAGAAAAGAUCCGGUACGACCCUCACCCGGAUAACCCGAAUGGUUGGACGGUUUGCCAGCAGGAGACUCGCAUCCGGAUUAAGCCAUUGUCGGCCCUGGCAUCCAUGGCUGAAAAGGUGGAGCAGCGAUGUGCUGAGAGGUUUCUUCAGAAUAGUGUUAAGGGCAGAGAGGUAAUGGAGAGGAUAUGUAAAUAUCUUGAGGCAGAAUCUAGCAGCCUUGCUUUGUGAUUCUGUCUUCUCAUCUCAGUUUUGGGUUUCUGUAAUUUAACUUAAUAUAUUUGUAAAAUAACUGAGAAAACAUUGCAACAUGAAAGGCAGGGAAGAUGGUGAAGCUUGUAUCUCCUCCCUGGACUUUAAGAACUAAGAAGACUGUUUAGAUCUUCUUCAAAUUUUGAUUUGUCAAAUAAUUUUUCAAAUUGCUGUAACACAACUUAAAGGAUCAUUUGAAUAUCUUUUUCUUCUGAAUCUUGAUCAA